CAUUUUCAUUUGGCGAGUGGCGACUUGUUUCAGUAUGAUUUUUAUUUAAGAACGAAACGGUCGGUUUCUAUAGUUUAUCUCGCCGCCAAUAGUAAAAUAAUUCUUCUAGUCAAAAACGAAAACAAAAAAAUACUUAAAAUUAUAAAAUCAUUAAAACGGCAAAAAGCGUGAAAUAUUUUUUUAUAUAUAUUUUUUUAAAUAAAAUUUAGUUUUUUUAUCUUAAAAAAAGAAACAAAAAAGUUAUGAAAUUUUUUUUAACGCUGGCGUUAACAAAUUGUGAAUGCAAAUUAAUAAAAUAAUAUUAAAAAAAAAAAAUAUUUUUUAAAAUAAAAAUAAUCACAAAAAGAAUUUAAUUAAGUGCAAAAAAUUUCUCUCAAUCAACCAUCCAUAAAGUGCAAAUUAUAUAUUUUAUAUUAAAACAGAUUAAGGCAUUUAUAUUUAAAACUAAUUUAAAUUUAGUUCCUUUUUUUAUAACAAAAAUACUUAUAACAACUAAGAGGUAAAAGACCACAAACAACUGCAACAAAAUUCAUUCAAGUGAAAGUAAAAUUGCUAACACGGCAACAUGUCACAGUCUACGCCCACACCACCUCCAUCGAGAUUUACCAAUCGACCACCACGCAUCAAUAUAAAAAAUCUUUACAAUAAUAAUGGCUCAGCCAUGGGCUCAAUGCCACCCUCAGCUCAACCACCCAUUACCGCUCAGACAUCCAAUACCUUGGGUCCGGGUUCUGUUGCCGGUCAACCGUAUUGGCCACAGUAUUCAAAUCCCUUUGCUGCCGGCAAUUUUAUGGCCAGAGGUUUUGAUGGCAUUGUUGAUUUCACCAAGUCUGGCAUGAGUUUUGGUGAAAAGUUCACUUAUGGUUUAUACGAUAAGAUCAGUAAAUGGUCUAAGAAAUGGUUUACUCAUUUUUUUCUGCUGACGGUAGUGUCACUUUAUACUGUCGGUGGUGCUCUUGUAUUUCAAGCAAUAGAAGGUAGAGAAUUUAAGAAAGAACAAAUAGAUAUUCACAAUUCACAAAAAGCUUUCUACAGUGCGAUAAGAGAUCUAGCAAAUAAUGUGGAGUUAUUAAAACUCAAUCCUGGCUUGUUUGAUGGUAAACUAACAGAAGCACUGCGCGAUCAUCAACCAGCUGUCGAAACACUGCUUAACAAUAAUAAAACCAUGGAGGAGAUGGCGAAUGAAGCUAAUCCAUGGUCAUUUUGGAAUUCCAUGUUUUAUUGUGGCACCAUCUACACCACAAUUGGUGAGUAAUAU